CAAUAAUAAUAUCAAGAAGACGCGUAUUUCUUUUCUUUUCUUUUACCCCCACCCAAUUUAUUUUAUACUCCCACAAAACCCUACAAUUCUCCGCUCACACCAUCAACGAAAUGUCAUCCCAACAGAUCCAAUCCCACCGUGAAAACGCCGAAAUCUUCACCGGCGAAGCCCUCUGCAAGCAAAAAUCUCACGAGCUCUUAACCAAAUUCUCCCUCCCAAAAGGCCUCAUCCCUCUAACUGACGUCACGGAGGUCGGCCACAACGCCGCCACAGGGUUCGUGUGGGUCCGCCGGAAGAAGAAGACGAAUCACGUCUUCCGUAUGAUCAGUCGGAAAGUGUCGUAUGAUUGCGAAGUUACGGCGUUUGUUGAGGACCGUCGGAUGAGGAAUUUGACCGGUGUGAAGAGUAAAGAGCUGUUGAUUUGGGUGACGGUUUCGGAUAUUUGUGUGACGGAAGGUGGGAAGAUUACGUUUGGGACGCCGGCUGGGUUGUCGCGUACGUUUCCGGCGACCGCCUUUGAGGAAGAAGAAGAAGGUUGAUGAUAAAUUUAUGGAUUAAUGCUUUUUCUUAUUAUAAAUCUUGUUUGUAUUUUAAUAAUAUUCCUUUGUUUGUCUUGUUGAGAUGCAUAUACAUGAACAACAUCAUCUUUCACUCGAAUCAUUAACUCUGGGUGUAAAGAAGGAAAGCUACUCGUGAUCAGCUUGGCUUGAAA